AGCAGCUGAGACAGGUGGAAGGUGUGACUGGCUGUUUAUGAAUGUGGAGGAGACAGCAAAGGCUGAGGGCGUGAAGACAAGAAGGAGAGAAGCGAAGGGAGGAAGGGGGAGUCUGCCCAGAGCCGGAGGAGCUGAGGGAAGGAGAGGAGGAGGAGGAGAGAGGAGGAGAAGGAUGUCUGAGAGGAUCGCUUCGUGCGGGAACCUGUGUGACAGCACCAACCUGCUGCUACAGUACUGCAACAACGAUGACACGGUGUCGGCCAGCAGCAACAUGGACAUGGAGGACAGAGUUUCUCAUCUAGAACAGAGGCUGCAGCUGCAGGAGGAUGAAAUCCAGCUGCUGAAAGCAGCCUUGGCUGAUGCUCUGCGCCGCCUGGGUUCCUGUGAGGAGCAGAGCCAGGGGACGCCUGCAGGGGGUGCUCAUGCUGGGAGGAGACCGCUGGCUACUACGACUUCAGCGCCUUCUACCAAGGUUCGCCAGCUUCUGCAGGCCCUUCCUUCCAGACCUCUGAGUAAUGGCUACGUUCAACAGAAACGCCUCCUUUCCUCGCCGUCAUCUCCAAAGAAAGAGGUGCUGCAGUCUAUUAAGAGGAAGAGCAUGUCCACAGAGAGACUCACCCUGAUUAGAAGAGAGAUGGCAGCAGAGAGUCGGAGUCGAACCACCUCCUCCAGCAGCUCCUCUGGUGGAAAAAGCAAAUCCAAAGAAUGCACCUACAAUGCAGAGGACGGCUAUGUGAGGAUGUUCCUCCGCGGUCGUCCUGUCACCAUGCACAUCCCUGACCAGCAGAAGGAGGGCUACAGCCUGGACCAGAAGGUGGCACUCCCGGACAAGAAGCUGAAACUUCAGUGGGUAUACGGCUACCGCGGCCGCGACUGCCGCUCUAACCUCUACCUGCUGCCCACCGGGGAGAUUGUCUACUUCAACGCCUCAGUGGUGGUGCUGUACAACACAGAGGAGCAGCAGCAAAGACAUUACCUGGGACACAACGACGACGUGAAAUGCCUGAGUGUUCAUCCUGACAUGGUUACCAUAGCAACAGGUCAAGUGGCUGGAAACUCCAAGGAUGGAAAGCUGCUCGCUCCCCACAUCCGCAUCUGGGAUUCUGUGAGCCUCAACACGCUCCAUGUGAUCGGGAUGGGGGUGUUCGACAGAGCAGUUACCUGUGUUUCUUUCUCGAAGUCGAAUGGUGGUUCCUUCCUCUGUGCUGUGGAUGAUGCCAACGACCACAUCCUGUCAGUCUGGAACUGGCAGAAGGAGAAACAACUUGCUGAGGUCAAGUGCUCCAAUGACUCUGUGCUGGGCGCCGUGUUUCAUCCCAUGGACACUAAUCUGAUCGUCACCUGUGGAAAAUCCCACAUCAACUUCUGGACCAUGGAGGGAACCACGCUAACCAAGCGACAGGGACUGUUUGAGAAACAUGAGAAACCAAAGUAUGUGCUGUGUGUGGCUUUUGCUGAAAACGGAGACGCCAUCACAGGAGACUCCAGUGGUAACAUCUACAUCUGGGCCAAAGGCAGUAACCGCAUCAGCCAGGUGGUUUCAGGUGCGCAUGAAGGGGGCAUUUUCUCCGUCUGUGUCCUGAAGGAUGGUACCAUGGUGUCUGGAGGUGGGAAAGACCGCAAGGUGGUGCUGUGGGAACACAGCUACAAGAAACAGGCUGAGAUGGAGGUGGCUGAAUCCCUGGGCCCUGUCAGGGCUUUGGCUGAAGGGAAACCAGGUGAACUUUUCGUUGGAACCACCAAGAACGCCAUCAUCAGAGCGGCCUUCCCCGAUACCUUAACCCCUAUAGUACAGGGUCACACAGAUGAGCUGUGGGGUCUGGACAUCCAUCCCUCCAUGGAGCAGUUUGUUACCUGCUCACAGGACAGACUGGUUCACCUCUGGGACACCCACAGCCACCAGCCCCUCUGGAGCAAGACCAUCGAGGAUCCAGGAAGGUCUGCAGGUUUCCAUCCCAGUGGAGCUGUUCUGGCUGUGGGCACCAUGACUGGAAGGUGGUUGGUGCUGGACACCGACACUCACGAUCUAGUUUCUAUGCACACAGAUGGCAACGAGAUCAUUUCAAACAUCAAAUACUCUCCAGAUGGUAACUUUCUGGCCGUCGGCUCUCAUGACAACUUUGUCUACAUCUAUGCUGUGAGCGAGAACGGCAGGAAGUACAGCCGCGUGGGGAAAUGCACUGGUCACUCCAGCUUCGUCACCCACCUGGACUGGUCCAAAGACAGCCAAUAUCUCGUCACCAACUCAGGAGACUACGAGAUCCUCUUCUGGGAGGCAUCCAAUGGCAAACACGUGACCAACAUGGACAUUGUGCGUAACCUGGAGUGGGCCACUUCUACCUGCACUCUGAGCUUCAACGUCUUUGGAGUUUGGCCAGAUGGAGCAGACGGCACAGACAUCAACGCCGUGUGCAGGUCACAUGAUGGAUCCCUGCUGGCCUCUGCUGAUGACUUUGGCAAAGUGCACUUGUUCUCCUUCCCCUGCUCCCAACCAAGGGCUCCAAGUCAUGAGUACGGCGGCCACAGCAGUCAUGUGACCAACGUUGCCUUCCUGCACGACGACAGUCACCUGAUCUCCACCGGCGGGAAAGACACCAGCAUCCUCCAAUGGGUUGUUGCCUAGAGACCACCUCUAUCAUGUCCAACCCCGCACUCGCCUCUUCACCGUUAUAUCCUUCCCUGCCAACAGGUGGCAGCACCCCUCUGUGCCUACUGGAACAUAAAUUACAGCAAUGUUCCACAGGGGUCAAUGCAGACCACAAUAAUCAGUAGUGAUAAACGUGAAACGUUUAUGAAAGAGAAUUUAAGUUGUAGUGAUGCAGAAAUGUGAUAUUACCUGGUUUCCAGCUGGAUGGUGAAGAUGGGGACCACAUGACAUGCCGGUGAUUUCUCACAUUAGUACUUCCUGUGCCUGAACCGUCUUCAUCUUAAUCCCCUUUAAAUGGAACUCCACCUGUUUUAGAAGGCACACUUUGGGCUAAAUGGGGCUCCUUUAUUAUGAAGCACUUCUAAAUGCACAUUUCUAGUUCUGGUUACACCUAAAUUCUUGGUUGUAGUUUUUCUAUCAUACUUUAUUCAAUAUGAUAGAAAAACCCCAAAAGAACCGCACUUCAUUUAUUUUGUUUGGGCACAAAUGCAGUCUAUUAUUCUGAGCAUGCACGGGUCUCUCCUUUAACU